AUGAAGAGGAAAGAGAGCUGUAAUGAGGGAGGUCCCUCGAAGAAGAAGAAAUGUAAUCAUCCUCCCUCCGUUGAUCCGUCCUCAAUAGUUAAUCCCACCUCCACCAAUCCAAUUGAUCCCAUUGUUGAUCCCACCUCCACCAAUCCAGUUGAUCCCUCAUUCAAUACAUCAAGUUCACCCAACCCCAAUCCCAAUCCAACAAGUUCAUCCAACCCCAAUCCAACAAGUUCAUCCAAUGAAGACAUAUCUUUCUUCAAUGAUGAUUGCAAACAUCGGUAUGAUAAUUGCUUUUAUAAUAAACCUUUGUUAUUGGAGAGGGGUGUUGUAGUGGAUGAAUUAAAAGAUGUAGGAUUAGAUGUUAUUUUUGCUCUUCAUCGAUGGAAUUCUUCAGUUCAUAUCAAGAAGAUGGAUAAAGCAUAUAAUACAUAG